CAGGGCCUCAGAAUCAGAUAUGGCCAUUUCACUCGCAAAUCGGUGUGCAUGGCAACUCAAAAUCAGAAACUUUUGUGCAGGAUAUCAUAAUUUGAGUGCUCAGGUCUCUUUUCUUGGGUGUUUUCAAAAGCAAAUUAAAAGCUUUCAUACCAAGAGUCAUGACUCUCAAAAGGCGGCUAAGGAUGAAAAUGAUGCUAAAACUCUGUCAGGAGAGUUUUACAAUGAGGAGCAACUGCAAAUACAAGAAACUGUCAAAAGAAUAAUUGAAGCAGACAUCAAUCCAUAUGUGGAUGAAUGGGAAAAAGCUGGCAUUUUUCCGGCUCAUGAAGUUUUUCGGAAGCUUGGCCAAGCUGGCCUGUUGGGCAUCAACAAACCUCAAGAGUAUGGAGGUUUGGGACUGAGCUACAAGUACAACAUGGCUUUCAUUGAAGCUCUUGGCAAUAUAAACUGUGGUGGCAUCCCUAUGGCAAUUACUGUUCAGACAGACAUGGCUACACCUGCCUUGACAUGGUUUGGCAGCGAGAAAUUGAAGCAAGAGUUUCUUGUGCCGAGCAUCAGUGGGGAGUUUGUGGCAUGCAUCGGCGUGAGCGAGCCUCAUGCUGGCUCUGAUGUUGCAAGCAUCAAGACGACAGCAAAGCGUGUUGGUGAUGACCUCAUCAUCAACGGCUCAAAGAUGUGGAUCACGAACGGCACUCAGGCAGACUGGAUGUGCUGCUUAGCCAACACAUCCACUGACAAGAAACCACAUCUCAACAAGAGCCUCAUUUGUCUGCCUCUCAAGACUCCUGGCGUACACGUUGCUCGCAAGAUCAGCAAGCUGGGCAUGCACAGCUCUGACACUGNAUCCACAUCACCAAUAAACCAAACACAAUCAUCACAGGAGACAUUAACGCCCACCACAACUCCUGACCUGUACGAGGGGGGAGCAGAUGUGCUGGCGCUGGCGUCGAUGGUUAAGCUGAAGGGCGGGCGGCUGGGCAGGGAGGUGGCCGACGCCUGCCUCCAGUACUGGGGCGGCAUGGGCUACACCGACGAGGUGCUGGUGAGUCGUGCGUUCCGCGACAUGCGUCUGGGCAGCAUCGGUGGAGGCGCUGAUGAGGUCAUGCUGAGCAUCAUAGCCAAGACCAUGGGCACCCUGCCGCCCUUCAGAGACUAACUUCUGUUGCUGCUGAGCAUCAUAGCCAAGACCAUGGGCAUCCUGCCGCCCUUCAGAGACUGACUUCUGUUGCUGCUGAGCAUCAUAGCCAAGACCAUGGGCAUCCUGCCGCCCUUCAGAAACUAACUUCUAUUGGCAUCAUCUGCUUCAGUUGUUAUGGUUCCUUCGUUCGUUUUGGAUGCUCUGUGAAUCGUCUAAGCAACAAACUUAAUUACAGUGAUUGUUUCUGGAGAUAAAUUAUUUUGAAAUUCGAUGUUUGUCUACCGUGGACUGUUACAGGAACGAUAUACUGAGAGUGAUGAGUGACGACGAUAAGGACGAGAUAUAAUCAAUGUGCAAGAUUAUAUUCCUCGCGUUAUCAAGAAAUUCUGCAACUAUAACUAUUAUCUAAAUAAUCUGUAACCUUGUUCGUUAGUUUACCUUGGAUAUUUCGCCCACGUGAUGGAAGUUGGCUUGAUGUCUUGUCGGUGACGUUGAACUGGUGCUAUUUAUUUUAUAAAUACAUGUAGAACUGUUUACGCGAAAUAUGUCAGCGAUUCGUGUAUGGAAUUUAAAAUGUAAAGUGAUUGUUAUAACUAUUUUAUAUGGAUAUAUAUAUUUAUUUUUCUAGAAGCUUCUCCUCGAUUUACUUCCACGUUGGCAUCCUUUUCUCUGACCUCUGUGCUGACACCCUUUAACAAUUGUUCCCUUAACCUCGCUCACAAAUAUUACUUUCAAAUGGUCACUAGUGCAAUUAGACCUCAAAUCUCUCCCACCUCAAGUUACUUUUAGAUUCUAUUAUUAUCACCAGCAUUAAAGAUAACAAAAAAGUGCAUAUAUACACCCCUUUUGGGUGAAUAAACGCAUUUGUUGGAUAAUUAUUGAAAACUUCUCAAAUCACUUGAGACCUUCCGCCUCUGGCGAUUUAUAUUUUCAACUUUUGGCGUGAAAUAGUUUGAUAGUUAACCAAACUACUGUUUUAAUUAUUAUCAUCGUUAUAACUACUGCUAGUAAAGUAGUUACCGUUACUUUUCCUACUACUUACUACAGCUACUGUGCUAGUACUACCUAACUACCGUUACUACUACUACUUACUACCUACGUAGCUUAGCUCAUCAGAUUUUGCUUCCGUGACGUCAUAAAGUACGGUUAGGUUUGCGUCGUGUCUCGUAACUUGCUGCAUCUUAUGUUGUUUUUAAGUUUCAUGUGGUGCUAAUGUUGUGAAAUCAUGCGACCUUCAGAAUUUCAGUUUUUAAUAAUAAAUCUUGUUAUUUGAGAACGUGCUUGUGCAGCGUAACAAAACAAUUCCAUUUAAACGUUGGAUUUUGGAAAUAAUUGUACAGUGUUAUAAUAAAUGCAGGAAAAUG